CGGUGGAGGUGGUGGAAUGGGUCUCCUGACAUCGACGCGUGAUGCAACGCUCGCUCUGAGUCUGAAGUGAGGGUCUGAGUUAUGCGCAUUUCGAAUAAGGAUUCUUGCCUUCAAAAUGUAUAUAAGCGCGUCCCUGCCUUUCGGAUUUCUCCCCCACACCUUAUCCACCAAAAAGCAACUUGAAAUCUCGCAUACAUUUGCAACCAAUACAACCCAAUCAUAACUUCCAACACGCCCACCAUGCUGUCUUCUCACGUCACUGACGAGCCAACCCGCCCGGUCCUCGGCGAGGCGUCUCGCCCCAAGAAGCCACUUUGCACCUACACCUCAGAGGAUGUCAUGGCGCUCGAGAACACGUAUGGUGCACACAACUACCACCCCGUACCAGUCGUGUUCAGCGAGGGAAAAGGCGCAUACGUUUGGGACCCUGAGGGUCGCCAGUACCUCGACUUCCUGAGCGCAUACUCCGCUGUCAACCAGGGUCACUGCCACCCAAAGAUUGUCGGAGCUCUUGUGGAGCAGGCGCAGAAGCUGACGCUGAGCUCCCGCGCGUUCUACAAUGACGUUUUUGGUCGCUUUGCAAAAUACAUGACUGAGUACUUCGGCUACGAAAUGGUCCUCCCUAUGAACACCGGUGCUGAAGGUGUCGAAACUGCGCUCAAGCUCGCGCGGAAGUGGGGUUACAUGAAAAAGGGUAUUCCACAAGGGCAAGCCUUCAUCCUUUCCGCAACUGGCAACUUCCAUGGUCGGACCCUCGGUGUGAUCUCCAUGUCUACUGAUCCCGACAGCACAACGAACUUUGGUCCCUUCGUCCCAAAUAUCAGCUGCACCACCCCACAAGGGAUCACGGUCCGCUACAACAACAUCGAUGACCUGGAGAAAGCUUUGGAGGCGCACGGAAAGUACACCGCCGCGUUCCUCGUUGAGCCGAUUCAAGGAGAGGCGGGGAUCUUCGUUCCCGACGAAGGUUAUCUUACCAAGGCAUACGAGCUGUGUAAGAAGCACAACGUGCUGUUCAUCGCCGACGAGAUCCAAACCGGUCUGGCAAGAACAGGAAAGCUGCUCGCCAUUGACUACGAAAACAUCAAGGCAGACAUCCUCAUUCUCGGAAAGGCUCUUUCCGGUGGUGUCUACCCCGUCUCGGCCGUUCUGACGUCGAAGGAGAUCAUGUUGUGCAUUCAGCCUGGUGAGCACGGCUCAACAUAUGGAGGAAACCCUCUCGGAUCAGCAGUCGCCAUGGCCGCGCUGGAGGUCAUUCGUGAAGAGAAGCUGUCGGAGCGUGCUUACGAUUUGGGAGUCAAAUUUCGCGCUGCCAUCGAAGACCUCAAGUCGCCACUGAUAUCCCUUGUCCGCGGACGCGGGCUCUUGAACGCCAUUGUGAUCGACGAGUCGAAGUUCGACAAGACCGCAUGGCACUUGUGUCUCCUGUUGAAGCACUACGGUCUCCUGGCCAAACCAACCCAUCAGAACAUCAUCCGUCUCGCUCCUCCAUUGUGCAUCAGCGAGGAUGAUCUGAUGCACGGCGUGGAGAUCAUCGACAAGGCGUUGAAGGACAUCUUGACGAUGAAGAUUGAGGAUAUCCCUGGCUACGACUUAUAGGCGGUUAUGUUAGGAGAAAUGCUUCAUUAGUGCGGGUUCGUCGUUCGUUUCUGUACUUGCUUCUGUUCGUAUUUAAAUGCGGUGUACUUCAAUCACUAUUUCAGUAUUGCGGUUAACGAAUGGUAUGUAUAUAUGUAUGUACGUACAUGUAUCUGUACGUUAACGGACUCCGCGUACUACUGCGUCCUGCUAUUCUGGCCAAAAGAUCUUAACAGUACGAGCGCGUCUGGCUGAGCGCAGCUCGCGAUGACAAGUUUGCCUCAUUUUCCCACGGUCCCACGGAAUCGCCAUUGCAAACCAAACGCCUGAAACUCCUCUCA